AUGAUGGCCGACGCCCUGGCGGCGGCUCGGCGCACCGGCUGGGUCCCGGUCAUCGGCCUCCUGACGACGGACCAGAUGACGGACCUCAUCGACGCCGGGCACGGGGCGAGUCAGCUGAUGGUGGGCCUGGUCCAAGGCACGACGACGGAGGAGGCGGCGGAGGGCGACGAAGAUGGUGACGACGUGGUGCUGGAACAGCCGGUUCUGAGCGGGACGGCGGAGGUUGGGUCCCCGCCCGUUGGCCCUUCCACGGCGGCGGCGCCCACCCCGAUGGCUACCGCACCGACGCCCUCAGGCAGAUCGACGCCGGCCAUUGUGAAGGCGACGCCUCCUGGGGAGCUGGCCCCAUUGCCAUCGGCGCCACCCUCUGUGCCGGCAUCAGGGACGACGACACCGGCGCGGGCUGAUUAUUUCAUCGACGCCGCCACCAAAGCCAAGGCGACGUCCUUGUUGGCGUCCAGAGCCGACACAUGGCAGGUCGCGGCGCUCACUUCAAUGCCCUCCUCUGGGACGACGACACCCGCACAGUCGGGGCGGCGAGGCCCGCCCAACGCCAGGGAGAUUGUCGCGGCGUUGAAUGUUCAGGCGACGCAGUCUCGCCCUGCCUCAUCCUCGACGUCUGCCGGGCGGCGUCCCUUCUUUACUGGCCUCGACGCCAUGGAAGAGGCUUCGGCGGCGGCCUCAGGAGCGGCGUCUCCCACUGGCAGCGCCCGCCACAAAGCCCCUCCGACGCCGUUGGUGCCUCCCACGGCGUUGGUCAUUGAUCCCAACAGGGGCGGCGGCGCCGAGGCGGCGCCCAUUCACCCGGGUCUGGGGAUCGCUGCGACGGUCACCGUGGCGGCGGAGAACAUUGAGACGACGGAGCCGGUGGUCUACCCGCCGACGCCCAACCCCUUCGACGACCCGCCCAUGAGCACCUCGGCGAGCCACUCAACGGCCGCAGCCUCUGCGGCGGACAGGCCCCAUCCCGCAGACCUCGACGACGACCAGGCAGGGCCCAGAGGCGGCAUCGUCCUCGGCGAGCUCAUGGCCGACUGGGGCGACGUCCCCUGGGAGAACCCUCUCGACGCCCAGGCCAUGGCCAGGAUCGCGGCGGCGGCGAGCAAUGAGGAGUUCCCAUACAUCCGCCAGCCGCCUGCCGACGCCAGCCGGCGACGAUCCUCAGUGCCGACGCAGGCCAUGCGGGCAGAGAGGCGGCGCAGAGAGGCAUCGGCCCAUGAGCGACGCCAGUAUGAGGCGUACGAUCCGCGGCGGUGGGGCAGCACCCCGUGGACGGCGGAGGAGGUGGGCCACAUCUCGCCGGCGUACUUCGAGUACAAACGCCAGAUGGAGAGGGCCGGCGCGUCAGCCGAGGACACGGCGGUGCCAUCACACCUUCGGCCAGUGACGCCACGGCGUGGCGAAGACCCGCCAGAGGCGGAUUACCCCUUCCUCCGACGCUUGCCCACCGGCGUGGUCGGCGCCAGAAUUACGGUGCGGCACAGCAAGGAGGAGCGGCGGAUUGUUGGCUGGUGCGCGCACCCGUGCACGGUGCCGCACCGCGACGCCGUGUGCGGCGGAGAAGGUCGCUGCCUCCGACCUAUCGCCCUCGGCGCGGAUCUCGGCUCGAUGGCUCAAGCCUCCGCGGCGGACCCCGCCCCAGGCACCUUCGCCGCCUUCCUAGCUGAGGUGGCGGCGGCCGGCGGCGGGGCGCACAUGUCAUGCUUUGCGGCCUUGGGGGUCACAUCUCGGUCGGCGGUGGGACCAGCCAGACCGGCAUUGGUAGCCGCCGGCGUCCCCGAGCAGGUCGUACUCACACUGGCCACGGCGACCCAACCCGGGCCAGUCAGGAGACCGACGUCGGCCAUGGUACCACAUCGGGCGGACAUCCCGUACCGGCGCCCCGCGCAGAGGGCCUCACUGCAGGCGGCGCUGGGGGCGGCCGACCCGCAGAACACCCAGAAGGCCAUCGACGAGCUGGAGUCGGCGGUGUUCGCCUCCACCACGCGGCGGUCGGUGGACUCCCGCAUCAGGUUUUGGCUCAAGAUAGCAGAGCGUCACGGCGUGGAGCCCUGGCCCCUCGACCACUACCGGAUCAAGCUGCUGGCGGCGUGCCUCAAGGACGGCGGCUACAAGUCGGCGCAGCUCUACCUCGACGCCGCCAUCUAUCACCACGAGCACGUCCUUCAACUCGACGUGCCACCGGCCCUGAAGAAAGCAGCCCGACGCUUCGCCCGUGCGGCGGUCCGGGGCAUGCCAGGAUCGAAGCUGAAGCAGGCCUUCGACCUCGGCGUCCUGUCGACCUUGGUCAGAUUCCAAGCGGCGCCUGAGCCCCUGGACUGCCGGCGGCCGCACCACGCUGUCGACGUGGUGAUCAUAGCAUGCUGGUUCAUGCUCAGGGAGGUUGAGAUCGCCGGCGCCCGGGUACAGGACCUCACACUGUCCUCGGCGACCUUCGGCGGCGGCAUCACCCUGGACCUGCCUCUGCAUAAGACGGCGCAGGGGGGACAGACCGAGCUGACACGGCGAUCCCUCCGCUGCGUCUGCACGGCGGUGAUCCACCCACUGUGCCCGGCGUGUGCCGCGAGGAGACAUGUGGCCAGGCUCCACGCCGACGGGGCCAAGGCACCCAGCUCGGCGCUUUUCCCCACCUCUACCACGGAGCCCCGGACGAAGGCGGCGUCCCUCGAGAUGUUCCUCCUGGUCCUGGCGGCGUGCGGAGUGGAGACACACAUGGAUCACCCCGACGGCCGGCGGGUGCCCAUCUUCGGGGGCCAUGCCGCGAGGGUGUCCGGCGCCACCUUUCUGGCGGCACGGGGCGUGGCCAUCGCCAUCAUCCAGCUGCUCGGCCGAUGGGCCAGCGCGGCGGUCGAACGGUACACCCAGGCGGCGCCCCUGACCUAUGCAGCGGCGGCCAUACCGGCACAAGCCCUGGCCACUCGGCCGGCAGAGGCAGCCGGCAGCACGGCGGCGAGCUCAUCGCACAGCCCCUUGGCCCUGCCGGCACCAGACGACGACGACGACGCGGAGAGGCCGACAGCAGCCAGCCCGACGAGGUCCCCCGACGCUAUGCCGGAGGUUGACUUCGUGCCGGCGCCACUUAGACCGGCGGCUGUGGCACAGGUGGUCGGCGAGAACCCGACGAGGUUCAUCAUGAACGCCCGUUCCAAGAUAGUGCAUCUCCCCGGCGCCGACGAGACGGCGACCGAGAAGCACGAAUGGACGGCGAAGUGCGGGUGGCCAUAUGGCAUUCGCCAGUUCUUCCGGCUGUCGGCGGAACCGCCCGAGCCCCGGCGUUGCCAGAGGUGUUUCCCUGUGGUGGCGCUCGACGCGGCCACGGAGGUAGGGUCUUCCGACGGAAGCUCCUCAUCCUCGUCCGAGGGGUCGACGUCUGAUAGCGACUGA